AUGGAAAAUAUGGUGGAUGAGUCUGUGCGGCUCAGGAUAAACGAAGACCCGAAGAAGUUUUUGAACGACGCUCGACAAAGCCCACCAAUAGCUCAACAACUGUUUUGUACUUGGCACAAGUCCACCAAAGCAGCCGACCUCCUGAACAUGAACCUCCUAGACCUCCCACCGACCUUUCUCAACGUUCUCCCUGCCUCUGCGACCGCGCAGGAGAGGGCAACGGCAUACACUACCCUAUUUUGCUUCCGAGAACUAGGGCAUGUGUGUUAUUCUCCCGACAUCCAGCACCGCAUCUCUCUCCCAGCAAUUGAAGGAUCGCUGCUUGCAGGACUGGGUAAAAUACUCACAUGGUGUUCGUUCUUUUUUAAAGGCGGCCUCGAUUCCGUCCUUCCAGUUCCUCAGAGGGCCCCGAAGGACAUGAUCCACUUGAUGGUGGCUUACAUGGUGGCGGACAUCUUCGUGUCCCUCGGUGCCUUCCAAAGUGUGCACCAGGCGAUGGUUGACACGCCAGGCACUGUGGAGAUUGCAACGCAGAUGUGGCUCAAGCAUAACUUACCUCAAGCGCUCAUGAUGCUGCUGAGACCUGAACGGUCGUUAAUCGAUCUACGCCAAUAUUCCCUCGACCCAUGGAACGACAAGCAUUCCGAUAUUCUGACGCGUGCGUAUUCAUCUGAAAUCAAACACCUCGAACGUGUUAUAUCUGCCGCCGGUUCGCUUUCCAACGUUGUCGACCUCGUUAUGUUGUACCUAAGGACCGUCAUAAGCGACCUCGGUCAAGGACAAGCACCCCCCGAUGCACUGGCCGGCUAUUUGAUCAUUUUCGAUAUUCUUUCUACACCGCCACUCCAUCGCAUUCGCAUUUCACUGGUAGAUCAAGGUUAUGUGAUCCUGGUGACGAAGCUACUCGUCCAACUCGCCGAAUUCGCUGGGCGUCAGCCAGAACCGAAUCCAUUCUCUCAUGUGAACCGUACAGGUUUCGUCUUCCAAAUCGUAUCUGCGUUCGUCUGUCUCGACACUGUGCUCGGUUCUUCUGAUGGCACGACCAGGAUUAUUCAGGCACUCAAACACGGUCUCCUCGAGGCAUGGCUGGUUGCAGCAGAGCGAAUUUACUUGUUUCCCGCCCAGGAGAAUAACGCUGUCAUUCCUGCCCUGUUCGAGAAGCACCUCUUCCCAAGGCUAGUGUACAGGAAGGUUCUAUCAGCCACAAUGGCUGCCAUACAAAAGGUCAAGAUCGUCAAAGGCGGCACUUUGAAGAACAAUCAUCUCUGGCGAGUCGAUAUGCUUACGGCAUGGCAAAACAUGUGCUCGGUCGCGUCGGAGAGGUAUGCCCUAGUCGGUCAAAUGAAGCUAUUGGAAAAACUAGAUUUCUGCUGCGAUAACACAAAGUGUGCCAAAGUCGACAAGCGGGACAAGUUCAGGAAAUGCGCCUCGUGUUUGUCAGCCCUUUACUGCUCGCGAGAAUGUCAGGUAGCUGCAUGGAAGGAAGGAGGUCAUAGGGAGGAAUGCAAAUCUCAACGGGAAGUGAUGGAGUAUAACUUAUCAGUAUCGAACGCGACCUUUUUUCACUAUCUCGCCAUCCACGAUGCGAGGCGUGCGAUGCCCAACCUUCGUCACCUAGCUUCAACAAACUAUCCUUCUUACGCACUGAACGAUCUCACCAUACAGAUUGAUUACACCUGCCAUCCUCCGACCUUCUCCUUACGCCCACACACCGAAGAUCGAAGAAAAAGCUUGCCAAAUACCCUCGCUUGGCGUAAUGGUUCCCAACGGAUGGUCAGGUACUAUAAUGAAGGGUUGUUAAAGCUGGUGAAGGAAUCCCCAGGAAAGGCAUGCCUCAUAGAAAGUCGAAUUGUAGCUGGAGAUGGGUUGGAGGGAUUGAUGGUCACUUGUGCGUCUGGCAUAUUGUGGACGGCGGGGGAUCCAAACUUUGACUUGAACAAGGUUUUCGCGCAAAUGUUGGACGAUCUUCAGUCCAGUGGAGGCAUGGAGAUGUAG